UUGUAAAUGCGUUUUUACCAAACAGCUCUAGGAGCAAUGAUUGCAAAUGUCAACAACACGGGUAGAUAAACGAAAGACGCUGGGAAUUUCUUGUUUACAUCAUUUUCACACAUAAUUUGUAUCAUUACGUUCGUAUCAGAAAUAGUUUUAUCACACUCACUAAUGGCUACCACAGCAGCACAAGCCCCUCCGCAGGUUACCGGAGCAGACGAUCUCGGUCCCGUCCGUUUGCCGGUGGAUAGAGAAACGUAUCAAUUCGACGAUUGGACCAUCGGCUACACUAAAUCCCACAUCCUCAAAAGUGUCUGCAUCAACGGGGAUACUUGUGUGGCCGGCGAACCUGGCUGUUGUGAGCUGUGCGUGUACAACUUUACCCUCGCAUUACCACACCUGCCGGACAUGGUGUUUCACCGGAAUGUGCUACGCAUAAGUCAUUCGUCUGGUGCACAGCUGGAAUUCAAUCCGCUCGAUGCACUAAAGUUUGUGCGCAACGAAAAGCUCGAUCUGAAGGUGGCUUGUUCGGAUGAGUGGCGUGAAAGCCGCCCCGAAGCGGCACAGACGGCGGAUAAAGUGAAACCCUUCGAUUGGACGUUUUCGACUGAAUAUGCGGGCACGGUGAACGAUCGUUUCCGGGUAGAACCGACUGAGCAGCGAAUCGAUAUGUUUAAGCUGAUGCGCAAGGAAGAGAUCCUGUUUUAUCACAACCUGACCUUGUUCGAAGACGAACUGCACGAUCACGGCAUAUCGUUGCUUUCAGUGAAGGUGCGCGUAAUGCCGUCCGGGUUCUACAUUUUAUUGCGUUACUUUCUGCGUGUCGAUAACGUAUUGCUUCGAAGCAACGACACCCGGUUCCACUACGAAAAGGGCAAUGAUUAUGUGCUGAAGGAGUUUACGCACCGCGAAGCAAAGGUGGAACAACUGAAACAUAUUCCACCAGCGCUCUUCACCAAUCCGGACCAUAUCGUGGAUAAACUACCCGUCGUACGAAAAGUGAACGAAAAGCUCACGAUCCUAAAACCGGAACAGGAAUAGGGUGAUCGCCGGUGAUCGAUAGAACGGCCAUGUGAUUUAACAUAUUCAACAUGAAAAAUAAAUUCCUACACGUUUCUCAUGUGUGUGUUCUGUACGAUCAAA